CCGCUAUCUACGGACUCCGUACUUGCCACCUUCAAACACCACCACAAGUCUUGCAUCUCAAGCAUUAACAAUGGCCUCCCUCCUCAAGAAACCAUUGAAACUGGCCCUAGUCCAACUAGCCUCAGGCGCCGAUAAGACAUUGAACCUCGCGCAUGCUCGUACUAAGGUCCUCGAGGCCGCUAAAGCUGGCGCCUCCCUCAUCGUUCUGCCGGAGUGCUUCAACUCUCCCUACGGCACCCAGUUCUUCCCCAAGUACGCCGAGACCCUGCUCCCCUCGCCACCCACCCAGGAGCAGUCCCCCUCCUACCAUGCGCUUUCGUCCAUCGCCGCCGAAGCCAAGGCCUACCUGAUCGGCGGAAGCAUUCCUGAGCUCGAGCCGACCACGAAAAAAUACUACAACACAUCGCUGGUGUUCUCCCCCACUGGCGCUCUAAUUGGAACGCACCGCAAGACCCACCUGUUCGACAUCGAUAUUCCCGGAAAGAUCACAUUCAAGGAGAGCGAAGUGCUCUCUCCUGGUAACCAGCUGACGGUGGUGGACCUGCCGGAUUACGGUAAGAUCGGACUGGCCAUCUGCUACGAUAUCCGCUUCCCGGAGGCGGGUAUGAUCGCGGCGCGGAAGGGCGCCUUCAUGCUCGUCUACCCGGGUGCGUUCAACACCACCACGGGCCCCCUACACUGGUCGCUGUUGGCUCGUGCCCGCGCCGUCGACAACCAAGUGUAUGUGGCCCUAUGCAGUCCCGCCCGCGACAUGAGUGCUACGUACCACGCCUAUGGCCACAGCUUGAUCGCGGACCCCAGCGCCAAUGUGCUGGCCGAGACUGAGGAGAAGGAGGACAUCAUCUACGCGGAAUUGGAUAACGAGACGAUCCAGAACACGAGGAAGGGAAUCCCCAUCUAUACUCAGCGGCGAUUCGAUUUGUAUCCGGAUUCGACCACUGCAGCCAACGACAGCCGACACUUCUGUCCCUCAUUCAAAAUGUCCGCCCCCGUCAAGACCGGCAAGAAGACCCGUUCGGCCAUCGCCGACGUGGUGACUCGGGAGUACACCAUCAACAUGCACAAGAGAAUGCACGGUGUUUCCUUCAAGAAGCGUGCUCCUCGUGCUAUCAAGGAGAUCCGCGCCUUCGCUGAGCGUGCUAUGGGCACCACCGACGUCCGUGUCGACCCCCAGCUCAACAAGAAGGUCUGGGAGGCCGGUGUCAAGGGUGUCCCUUACCGUCUCCGUGUCCGCAUCUCCCGUAAGCGUAACGACGAGGAGAACGCCAAGGAGAAGCUCUACUCCUACGUCCAGGCUGUCAACGUCAAGGAGGUCAAGGGUCUCCACACUGCCGUUGUCGAUGAGGAGUAAAUGAUUCCUUCAUCCACAUCAAAAUCUAUCUAUUCCCAAAUGAAAUGAGUCUCCAAGCAUAUACGGAUUCUUAUCUAUCUUUCUGUCGUUAUGAUAGUAUGAUUACUUCUUAGGAUGGGAUAGUAGGGCGAGGGAAUCUUUUUCCGGACGGGAUGAAUGAAUGGGUUCAGGUCGGGUUUUGCGGCCUGGCGGACAUUUAUCUUUUUUCCUCAAUUAAAAAAAGUUUAAAGGAUCUGCCCUCCUUGAUGUGAUGGGUGACGUUGUAGUAAAUGGUAUCAUUUUUUCAUAUCCAGCAUGAAAUGGAAACCCAGACAUACAGUAUUAGUAACCAGAACGAACCCAUGUAUUAUCUACCUAAUGAUACAAAAAGCU